AAAAACCAUUUGUUGAAAAGAAAAGUGUUAAAACGAAUGAAAUAAAAUACAAUGAACUGGACGAACAUACUUUGGUCACUGAAACUGAUAUUUUUCCUUAUGUGGUUGCAAUUUUGAAAAUGUCGAAAUAUUUGAGUGCUGGUGCGUUGAUUGAUGAUAAUUGGGUGAUUACUGCUGCUGAUUCUCUGUUCUUAAUACGGGAAUCUUCGAGGACACUACGAGUAAGGCUUGGGAGUAUUAACUAUAGGAAGGGAGGUGUCCUACUUCCAGUCAAAUAUUUCGAGAUCCAUCCAAAUUUUGAUGACAGUAAGCCUGUAUUCGAUCUGGCGAUGCUAAGACUCGCCCAGUCAGUCAGGUUCACUCCAAGUCUGAAACCUAUCAGGCUUCUGCGGUCGAUGACAGAAGCCGAUGCUACACAUUUCAUUGUGACCUCAUGGCCUUUCCCUAUUAUGAAUUCGGAUGAAUCUGAGCACUUACAAUCAAUGGAGGUUAUCAAACGGAGGAGAAUCCUAUCGGUGACUCACCUCCAUCCUUCAGAUGUUGAAGAUUGUGCGGAGGAAUUGUCUUCCAUCGGCAUCACAGAUAUCGAGAGCAUGAUGUGUUUGGAUACAGGAGUCAUGAUGGACCCUUGUAUGAGAGAUAUAGGAGCACCAGUGGUACUCAAUGACGUUUUAUGGGGCAUCGUCUCAUCGUGGAGACCUCCUAACUGCGAGAAUGACUUAGCGGGGCCCAGUUUUGUGACCCUCGUAUCAUCUCCAAACAUCAGUGCAUGGAUACAUGCUACAAUUCAAGGGCGUAAAUGGUGAAAAAAUAUAUUACAAAGAGAACUUGGUAACUCAGAAUAGCGGACUCACAAUAUUAAAAGGGUUCUGUACAAGUAGGCUAAAAAAAGAAGAAAAAAUGUUCACCGUAUUUUCUUGAUGUUAAGACACUAUUAAAUAUUAGUUCAUCAUUCUUAUAAUUUCAACUCUCUAGAGUAGUGACUAACGGACGGUCAGAAACUUAAGUCACAGUUAUUGGUUUUCUUGCAAUGUUUAA